AUGUACCAAGACAAUACGAAAAACCCAUGCGUCACGGCCAGCGCAGUAAAUGGCCAUUGCCAACAACGCACAUAUGCCCAAGUAUGCGGAACUCAUCCCAAGCAGCCCACCUGUAAACCCUCGGAUAACAAAGACCAAAACCUCAGCCCUCUCCAAAAGCACGUUCAGUUCUGGGAUCGCGACUCUGAUGGUGUCAUCUGGCCAUUGGACGUCUACAGCGGCUUCCGCGAACUCGGUUUCGGCCUCUUCUUCUCAAUAGGCUCUUUACUCAUCCCCAUUUUCUUUUCAUACCCCACGCGGCUGGGACAUAGUUGGAUUCCGGACCCCAUGUUCCGCAUCCAUGUCAAACACAUCAACAAGGCCAAGCAUGGUUCCGACACUGGAAUAUACGACUUUGACGGAAACUUCAACCACGAGCGGUUCGAGCAGCUGUUUGAUCGUUUUGACUCUUCGGGCGAAGGAUGUCUGACAGCUGAUGAUCUGCUAAGGUUAUGGAAGAAGGAUCGAUGUGCAGCUGAUCCGGCAGGCUGGACUUUUGCUUUCAUGGAGUGGUGGACGACCUACGUCCUGUUGCAAAAGGAUGGCCUUGUACAUAAAGACGACUUGAAAGCGUGUUAUGAUGGUAGUCUCUUUUGGAGGAUCAAGAAGGAGAAGGAGAGAGAAGACGGUACAAUGAAUAGGAGGAGCUUUGGCAUGAGGAGCUUUUUUGCCAACAUCGUCAAUUGUCCGUUCUAG